CAGCAGUGAUGGAUAAUGGCGUCUUUAUCAAUGUUCUUUGUGCUUGUGCCAUAUCUGGUGUUGCAAUACAGAUGCCAAGGGAUUCCGGAACCGGAAGUGGUCGUUCUUGUGACGGAUGUUGGGGACGCUGGAGAAGCAGGUUCCAUCUAUAUGUUCAACGUCUCUCAAAAGAACCUCACAAAACUGGAAGUCCCAAAUAUUAACAAGCCAUUCGCCAUAGACUAUGAUGUAACUACAGGCCAUGUCUACUGGACUGACGUUAAGUUGCAUUAUAUAAGAAGGGCGAGUCUUGACGGCGUGGAUGAUGUGGUGGUUGCCUCCUUCAACUCUUCGUGCUUACUCGGAGGCGUGACACUAGACGGUGCCUCGCGGAAACUGUUCUACACAGACGAGGGCAGUAAAGUCAUCGGCAGGAUGGACAUGGACAGCCUGGGGAGGACAGUGAUUGUACACACGGGGUUAGAACAACCACGGGGGAUUGUAGCAGAUACCACAAACAAAAACAUCUACUGGACGGAGCUGGACAAGGAGGAGAAGAUCGAGAUGUGUGACUACAGCGGCGGAAGCAGGAAGGCGGUCGUCACAUCAGGACUCGCUGUUCCUAGCGGAAUAGCUCUGGAUGAGAAGGCUGGCCGACUGUUCUGGUGUGGUCAUGACGUCAUAGGCUCUGUUCUGCUGGAUGGCUCUGGGAGAAGGAACGUUGAUACUGAAACAGCAAUGAUAGACAUAACUAUUUUUAACGGUCUCCUCUACUUCACUGCACUACGAGACAAGAGCAUCUAUACGAUGUUGGAGAAUGGCCAACACAUGACCCCCUUGGCGUCACACCUCUUCACGAAACCGAUAGGUAUUCACGUCUUCUCGCCGAACUUCCACAAACCAGCGUCCUGUCCUGGUGGUCAGUAUGGGGUCAGCUGUGAGUCCUGCGGCCACUGCGAGGAAGGGGGCAUCUGUGAGAAGACCACGGGCGUUUGUCUCAGGGGGUGUGCACCAGGCUACAGGAUGCCCAUGUGCCGGGAAGAGUGUCAGAACAACACGUAUGGAACAUGUACCCCCUGUGGCCUGUGUGCCGAGGAUGAUCCCUGUCACAGAGUAACGGGGCACUGCCCAAGGGGAUGCAAGUUCGGGUGGACGGGACCAACAUGUAAAACAGGUUGGCUUAUAUUUGCUGUCGCGGGCACGGUAAUAGCCGUCAUCGUUGUCGCCGUAAUCGUGGGUGCUGUAUACAAUGUAAGAAAACUCAAAACGAGAUACCAAAACUCGUAUGUAGACUUUGCCGAGAGAUGCAACCGACUGUACGAAUUGUAGGAGCGAAGGAUCGACGCGAUGUGAAAGAUCGAUGUUAAAAACAAAUUUGCACCAAGAAAACCAGGUGGAACUCUGGUCCCAUAAAUGUAUCCAAGUUGAAACAUGGGCCGGUCUGCUGCCAGUAUGGCAAACAUUAAUGACGCAUUGCUGUAAAACGUAAUUGGAACAUGUGCACAUCAUCUUGAAGUACCCACAGUUUGAUUACGUCAAAACCAAGAAAGCAUGACAAAUUACAAAUAACACAGGGAUUAGUGUUGUAGAGUGGUAAAUAUACUUUGGAGGUAUUGAGUGUUUGAAGAUCGAUCUUGUGUAGACUUGAUGUAUGGAGACAUGAAAGAUUAGGUUGCAGUUUUCACUAAUAGUAUGCACUGGUUAAAGAUUUACAUAGCUGAAUUGAGCCCUUGCUGACCAGACACCUUCAGUGUAGCAUAUGUCCACUGAAUGUCUACUUCUCGUAUGUAACUCAUUCCUGUGUAUUAAUGUUUAUUUCAACCAAUGAUACUGAAGGAACGUAUAAAGGUAUAUACAUGCACUUACACACAUAUAUACACGCACUUACACACAUAUAUACACGCACUUACACUCAUAUAUACACGCACUUACACACAUAUAUACACGC